AUGGCUGAAAAGGUGGCAAAUUUCUUCACCGAUUUUAAACUAUUGUUUCUCCUUAUUGCCGUCUACAAAGUUCAAAGCGUCCAAGAGAGCUUCAAUAUUACUGCUUUAUUUCCGGUUAAUAGUACAAAAAUUCCUAAAGAAAGUGAGGAAGUAAUAAAAAUCACUGAUAAAUAUGCACACGAUUCUAAUGAAAUAGAAAAAUCUCAAGAAAAUAAAGAAAAGCCUACUACUGACAAUCUAAAAAGCGCAAAAACUGAAACUACAACUUGGAAAGUUGACGCUGUUUUAACAGUACCAAAAGAGGAAGUUAAGGAAAUUGUUUCAAAAUCAAAGGAAUUUAAACCAAGUCAACAAUUGGAAAGUUUCUAUGAUGAAGGCGCGGUUGUUGUUCCGACCGGGAAGAGUCUAGGAUCUUUUACUCCAGUCAAAGGCUCCUCGUCUUUUAUAAGUUAUGGAAACCAUUUUUCACGACGUGCGGAUAAAAGAUUGCCCGACAUAAGUGAGCGAUGUAAGCGACGGUUGCUUUGUGAGAUUCAUUCAGAAAAGCACUAUUAUCGGUUAGUACAGGCCAUAUAUUCAGUACUAGAGAAACACAUGAAACACGAACAUGCCAUGACAUUCACCAUGAAUGUCAUGAAAUUGGAUGAAGCGAGAGAGAGCAAAACGAUAUUGCCGGGAUUAUCGGGAAUCGUCUUACUUCUUCAAUAUCGGCCAACCUUAGGGAAAAGGCGUCAACUUUUCGACAUUAUGCUCCUGUACGACAUGUUUAAUAAUAAAUUCGAUUGUCCUCAAUUGCUGCGGUGUAUAACUUUUAAUUCUCCUCCGCGACAAGGACUAAAAUACCUCACUGCUCGCAUUUUAUAA